CAGACUCGUGUCAGAAGCAGGAAGACAAGUGUGCCAACUGCUGUGAGAGGUUUUUUCGCAGAAAGUGACAUUGACAGUUUGGAAUAUCGCUCACAGUCUCCUUAUAAUGGCGUCAAAGGCGUUUCUUUUCUCUUGUGUGGCAUUUACAUUAGUAUGCUGUGCUGCUGCACUGGAUAUAAACAAUGGAACAUGUGAUCAGCUACAGCAGGAGGAUUGCUGCAAUGAAACGAUGUCACAGGAAUGUGGCUGGUGCAAGGUAGAGGGAGUACAAGUUGAUGGAUGUUAUAAUCUGACAGAGAAGAAUUGCACAAAUGAAAACACAUGCAAGAGCACAGUGACCUGUGAUGGACUGAACCUGGUGGAUUGCUGUGGCACAGACACCUGUGGAUGGUGUGGCAAUGCAACAACGAAUGUGUCCAGUUGUUCCACCUUGACAAAUGGCUCUUGUCCUCUUGAUGUUGCAAAUGAGUGUCCGACUGAAAGCACCUGUAGUAAAGCUGAUAACGUUACUCAGUGCUGUGGCCUUGGUUGUGGAUGGUGUGGCAAGGAUGGCAAAUUUAGUUGCCAUUUUUCGACAAAUGCUUCUUGUCCAAGCCCUGGUGAUGAAAACCAGUGUCCGACUGAAAGCACCUGUAGUAAAGCUGAUAACAUUAAUCAGUGCUGUGGCCUAGAUUGUGGAUGGUGUAGCAAGGAUGGCAAAUUUAAUUGCCAUACUUUGUUUGAUGAGACCUGCAAAGCUGUGGAUGCAAACCAUUGUACUGCUGGUAACACAACUGACACGUGUAAGGCAGAUAACUCGUCCGUGUGCUGUGAACAAAAGGGCUGCGGCUGGUGUGGCAGUGGUGACACUAUCGGUUGUUUCAAUGCGACCAGUACAAAUUGUACCGGUGAAGGAAUUGUAAACUCGUGUGUCAGUACAUGUGAAAAUAUGACUGAAGUCCAGUGCUGUAGGCAUUCAGAUAUAUGUGGAUGGUGUGGGGAAACUGAACAAAACUGCUAUAACAGAACAGGGACAGAGUGUACUAAGGAAGGGGCAAAAAAUCUUUGUCUUACCACGACGCCAGCACCAACAACAACAACAACAGCCGCAACAACAACAGCCGCAACAACAACAACAACAGCAGCACCCACUGCAGCACCAGUAGGGCAGCACUUUGAUGCAGCUUCGUUCAUCGGAGGAAUUGCUCUCACUGUUGGCAUUUUCGGUAUUGCUGUCUUUGGAUACAAGUAUUAUUCAGCGAAAAAAGAUGCGAAUUACCACACCUUGUAGACAGACCUAAACUGAAACUAAAUCUAGCAUUCAGCUAAUCAUACUAUCCUAAUAGAGGUUACCAGUAUUCAACUUGGCCUAUCAUAACCACUUAGUAAUCCAUAGAACAGAGACCAAAAACCUUUUAAUUUAAGUUGUUAAAGGGUCUUCAAGUAAUAUUAACACAAACAGAUGUGUGUCUUGUAUAAUACUACCCAGUAUAGGCCUACAAGUGUGAAAUUGUUACAGUUUCUGAAAUGCCUUUGCAAGAAACGUCUUUAUAUUUUGUGGUAGAUAUUAAUGUUGUAUGGAUAAAAGUUAAGUAUACCUUUAUCUAUUGACAUUAAAUAUAUAUGCAGUUGAUCAUACAUACCUAAAUCAUUUGUCUGCAUAAAAGUCAAAGCUUUGUCAUUUAAAUACUACAGCAGUUGGUACACAUGUACUGGCCAGGCUGCAUUGGCUGACUAUUUCUAAAUCUUGCUAUAUUCUGCACAGGCCAUUCUUAGCCCAAGCAUAUUUGGCCUAAGCCAUCCUACAUCAAGACAUGUAGUGGCAAGCACAGACGUUUUACGAAGUUUUUUUCUCCACCAUCCUUUAAAGACGUUUGAGUUUAUCCUUAAAGGACAACUUUAGUAGGCCUCUAGACCUCUUGAGGUGAUACAAAAUUCUGCACGCAAGGGGGGAGUUUCCUCAGAACAAAUGAAACCAUUUGUCAAUCUGUCCAAGUAGUAAGUUUUAUGACAAAGAUUUGUCAUAGUGUUAUCGUGUUAACUGCCGGUAAAAUGGUUUUCUACAAUUUUACCCGUUUACAUGAAUUGUAUUGUGUCAAAACUGUUGGAAGUUUACUUUUAGCAGGUGUGAUGUAAAUUUUUGUCAUGGCCUUAACGAUGCCUUUAAUCAGGUGGAAUUUGUGGUUGCGCAAGUCUGUUGGGUACAGCUCACAGAGCUUACGAGAAGUAUAUUUCAUGUAAUGCAACAUCUCGCUUCUCAACGUGAAUUUAAUUCAAAACGAUCGGACUGACGCAUGAGCACGAGUCUGUCCAAUAGUGGGAUUUUGCCUUACAUGUCUGAUACGCCGCUCAUGAUCAGCGGUAGCUCAGUAGUGUUAGUACGGUUUGUCAUUUUCCUAUCAGUGUUCAGUAGGGUGCAUGAUAUGGCUGUUGCUGAGAAAAAGGCGUUAAUGUGUAAAGAGCGGUAAAGGAAAUACCCGUCUGUAACAUCUGUAUGAAGUAUACGUACAGAUUUUUGUGCGACAUUUCAAUUGAGAAUGAUUUUUGCAAGAGUUCAACUUAAAUACCACCUGCUUUUAUGCCGCUCCAGAAAAAAAGUCUUACAAAGUGGUAUAUUUUUUUUGCUAGCGAGUGUAUUUUAAUAACAAUGUUUUGCAUGUUAAGAUUGCUGAUAUUUUAAGGAAUGCAAUUUGAAUACAGGCUUUUGUAAUAGAUUAGAAAAUAAGCUGUUUUUCAGCAUAAACACUUUGAUAAUGUUGGAACAUUUACUGAUCAAAUAUUAGGUAUACUCAAGUUUUUUCCACAACUUGUUGAUAUUGUCUCCUGUUUCAAACAGGAUAAUUCACUCAACGAUGGCCCCCAUCGAAUAAGUGAAAUAUUCUUGAGUAUGGCGUAAAACAACAAUAAAAUAAAUAAUUCACUGAACAAUGACACCUAUUACUCCGAGUUUCAUGUGUAACAAAAAAAUGUUUUAAUCUGUGUUUUAGAGCUUGGCAGAAUGAAAAUUUUGAAGCAGGGAAUAAUCAGGUUUGGUUUUAGGAGAUGACAUUUAUGGAGCUAUUAUUAUCAUGCGCUUUGUAUUGUUUGAUUGUAAAGACCGUGAGUACAUAAUAUAGAGGAUGUACUUUUCCAUAGUAGUUACAAUCUGCUUAGCCUAUGAUCGUUUUGUGGAACAGGGCCCACCUCAUAUCUCCACAUUUAACAUUUGGAAACUUUUUAACCGCCUUUUUGUUCUAGUACAUCUGAGAAUUUGUCUUCCAUUUUUUUUUUUUCAAUACGUGUGAAUAAUCCCAAUAUAUGUUCAAAUUGUUGUUGACAAAAAAAAAAUUUUUUUUGUUUUGUUUUGAGUGUAUGGUAAACAGCAUGACAUGAAGUCUUAAAGAAUUGGAGGACUUUAUAAAUGUUGAAAAAAAAAUUAUUUGGGCUUGGACUUUUAGCAAGAAGUAAAAACAUUACUUUCAUUAUAUGUGUGAUUAUAUGUGCCCAGAAAGUGAGUUUCCAUGGAAAUAGUGUUGUGGCGUCUUCACAUUUUUAAGCUCUUUCUGAUUAUUUGAAGACCGUUAUGUGUACAUAUAAUAUAUAUAUAUGUAUUCUUUGUUUGUAAAUGGAGAGAAAAAAAUGAAUGCCGUGCCACAGGAAGGUCCUUCAAGAACAAUGGAAAGAAAAGAGAUUAUAUAUAUAUCUGCAUAUGUAAGCUGAAACUAGGUGCCUGAAAUGUUUAAGAACACACCAGUGGAGAAAGUAGCAAGACCAUAUUUAUAUGUUAUAUAACACUGGACUCCUCGGUGAACUGACCCUGGUCCCACUGGAUUAUAUAACAUGCACACUAUGGGUCUUGCUACUUUCUCCUGAUGGAUGUUUUCAAAAAUGACGGGUACCUAUUUUCAGUCUCGUGUAUAUUAGUCAGUAUUGUACAUAUGUAUGUUGAUCAUCAUCUUGUUUUUGUGCUGUGAUGUUUUAUCACCAGAAGGAGAUCAAACCCAUCUUAAGAUGGAAAAAAAAAAUUGUACAGUGUUUAGCAUUGAUAUUGGUGGCUGGAUCUUAGUGGUUAUGGGUUUUCCAAGUUGAGUUCUUUCUCGUUGUUUUAUAAUGUUGACUGCUUGUUGAUUAAAUUGUGUUUAUAUGAUGAAGAUGUACAAGUGCUGAGCCACAGCAAACAUGUUAGCAUUGUUUUUUACCAAGCCAGAGACAAUGGCAUUUAAUAGUUACAUGCAGUGAGUAUGUUUUGAGAAAGUACAUGUAGUAUUUUGUAGUUCAGCCAGUUUAUAGCGGUCCAAUUACCUUUUGGGGAGUAUAUUGUGGGGUUUUUUGUUUUGUUUUGUUUUUUUCAUAUUAGGUACUGUAAAUUGCUAUUUUUUUUUUUCUUUUAACUUUACUUAUCAUUCCUAUGUUAAUCAGAAGUGCUUUGAAAGGUCUUCCCGUGAUAUUUAGUUUUAUAUUACCAGUAAAUGUACGCUUUAUUCCUGGUUUCAGUACGGUAAAUGACCUAAAGUUUCGCCCUGGGACUGGGAAAGUGUAUCCCAGGAUUCAUUGUGUUAGUUGUGGCUGUUACUGACUGAGUUCAGCAGGAGAGCAUCAGUGGGGGGGG